AUGUCAACUGAAGACGAGAUUUUGAACGGCGCAGAGACUGUGCAGGUCAGUGAAUACGAUGAAGAAGCUUUACUGGGUGAAGAUGAUCUUGAACUGUAAGUUUUUUAUUUAAUUUGUUUGGUUUUUAGGUAGCCUUGGACAAGAAACUUAUGAUAUCUAAUUCGAAAGCACAGAACCUUUGUCAAAAUGUAUAUACAAAUAAAGCAAAAAAUUUAUUUCAGAAAAGACAAGUUUGAAGACGGAGACGAUGAUCUUUAUGCCGCAGCUUUAGAGCCGUCUAUUGAUAAGGCUGAUGAAGAUUUGUUGUUGAAAGAAGAGGUCAAGGAGGAUUCGGUCGAAAAUCCCACAAAACCUGCAGCUCCUGUGGCUAAACCUGUUGAAAAACAACCGGUGUUAUCAAAACCAACACCUACAGUGUCUCAAUCAUCUUACAGUAGCAAUGCGAGAAGAUGGCAUGUUUAUUUGGGAAACAUGACCUGGUGGACUACUGAUGAGGAUAUUGUUGUAUGUUUUUUGUUGAAAUUUUAUGUAGAUUUUGUAAAAUACGUAUUUUUAUUGGGGUUUAAUUAUUUUUCAGCUUAUGAAACAUAAAGCAUUGUUUUAACUUAAGUUAUGCUGCAUAACAUGGCUAAUAUAGGUAGUCAAUCAACUUUUUGUUAUAUCUUUUUGAAAAAUAAAGCUAGAGCUUUAAAAAUUUGUAUAAUUAGAGAGAAUGCCUUUGGCGAACAAUUUCAAAAAACAAAAUUUAAAAAUUUUCAAAAAAUUUUUUUAUAAUCUCAAAAAACCUACAUUACAUCUCAUGGUUAACAUAAUUUCGAAUUUUUUAGAAAACUCUGGAUGAUUACGGCAUAAAAGACGUUAUUGAAGUAAAAUUUGGUGAAAAUCGUCAAAAUGGUCAAAGUAGAGGAUAUGCUGAUGUUUCUUUGACUUCAGAAGCAUCAGCGAAAACAAUAAUGGAUCGUGUGCCGGGAAGACAACUAAAUGGUCAGCUUUUGACUGUUUUGCCAUAUAACAAACAAUCAUUGGCCAAGUUGGAAGAACCGGCCAAGAGAGCCGAGGUAAGGGAUAAAAUUAUAGUGUUUUACGGGAUUUGUUACCUAAAAAUCGGCUGAAAGUUUUUUUUAUGGCUAAAAAAUCGAAAAAAUGCCAAAGCGUGUGAUGUUUUUUAUAUUUUUUGGUUUGAUAAGGUAAAAUACGUCUAUCGAAUCUUUUUUCUUAUUAAAACCUUGUUUUAGGAGAAAAAAGAAGAGAAAAACAAACCCCCAACCAUGCAGACCAGAAUCAUGCCAAUGAACAACACCCCGCCCGUUCAACCCCCAUCCAUCCUUACCUUUGGCAACCCCGGAAUGAACCUACGACCACAACAACCGGUAAUGCAGCCACUAGUUCAACAACGAAUCAAUUUGGCCGCUCCACCCCCACAAAUUCCGAAUUUGAUGGGUAAUAUGAACAACAACAUGAAUAAUAACAUGAACAAUAUGAUGAACCGCCCACCGCCUUCAUUCCCGCAACAAAUGGCACCAAUGCAACCACAGUCGAACAUGGGAGCAGCGGCUACAAUGAACAAUGUUCUGAAUCGGCAAAGAGUGCCAAGCACGAAUCAGCCGAAUAUGAACAUUCCAGCCGGAUCUCACGUCAAUCCACAGGUUUAUCCUUACUUUUGUAGGUUUUUGGUGUUUUUGUGUUGUUUUAGGUGUUAUAUGAUAUUAUCUUGAGUAAAUUUAUAUGAUUUUAGGUAUUCUCAAGAUUUAAAAAAGUCUUGUCGUUUUUUACAAUGAAAAGUAAUGUAAAUUGACGACAAGACUUUUUUUUGUUGUUAGAGGUUAUUAAAAAUUGUUUUUUUUUAAAUUUAAAGUUUAAAUUGCUUUAAAAUGUUACCUAAAAUGCUAUUUUGAACUUUUUUAAAUUUUAAAAUUUCAGCCCAAAGCCAACAACCACCCCCACGUGACAACAUGGGCAAUCCCCACAUGAGUCCAAGUGAAUAUAAGGAGAUUAUGGACAGAAAUCGCACAGUAUCGUCAUCCGCCAUCUCUAGAGCCAUGAGUGAUACGGCGGCUGGAGAUGUGGACUCGGCCGUGGACACACUGAUGACAGCAAUGUCAUUGAUCAAACAGUCAAGAGUGGCUAAUGAUGAAAGUUGUCGAGCUCUGAUUCAGACUUUGCAGGUUGGUUUUUGUGGGUUGGGUAGCAAAAGUUUUGGUUUUUAGGUAAUAAAAUGAAAUUUUAGUUUAUUUUAUGUAUAAAAGUGGAACGUUUAGCUUAUUUUAGGUAUGAAAAUGUUCUUUUUAGCUUAGUUUAGGUAUUAAAAUGAAAUGUUUUGCUUACUUUAGGUAUGAAAAUCAAUUUUCUGACUAAUUUUAGGCAUAAAAUGUCUUUUUAGGUAACUUUAGGUAUGAAAAAUGUUUUGUAAAACUUUUUAUAAAAUUCUGUGAAUUUUCAGGAAGCUCUGAACAGUGUUGAAAAACAAUCAUCAUCAAGAAAGCGCCACCACCGUUCGCCGGAACGACGCUCCAAACAUCGUCGCCGUUCGCGCAGCCGAAGCCACAGCCCAUCCAGGAGAAGCAGACGAUAUUAA